AUGACCAAUUAUCGAACAGAAUUACGUAUACCUGUUGAACGAAAUAAUAAAUCAAUAAUCAAUGAUGAUUACUUUACAUUUGAUGAUAAUUCAACAUUAAAUGACAAUUGGAAAUAUAAUAAUAAUAAUAAUAUAAAUAAUUGGGAUUCACGUAGUCGUCAUACAUCAAGUAAUGAAUAUAUUUCACAUGAUAUACCAUGGAAUAAACGUUUACGUACAACAUCAGCUGAUCCUACAAGAUAUACCGAUGUAGAUUAUUUAUAUGAUGAUAUAAAACGUAGAAUGGAAGAACAUCGUAGACGAUGGAAUGAAGAAUUUAAAUUAUUGAAUAAUGAUAUAGUAUUACCUAGUCGAUUAAAAAGUUCAAAUGAUAUAUUUAGUAGUAGAGAAACAAUAAAUUCUCCAAAUUCACAUGAUAUUAUAUCAAAAAAUUCUUCAUCAAGUGGUUAUGAACAAUUUCCAGAUGGAAGUGUACAUUUUGUAUCAAAUUUUAAUCUUUCUGGUUAUGAUCCAGAAUUACUUAAAGUAUUUGUACGUGAUGGUAAAUUAAUGGUUGUAGCUAAAACUGAACAUAAUCAUUCUACUAACAGUCUUAAUACAACUAUAAAUACAAAUAAUAUAAAUAAUAAUUCUUUAUCAUCUUUUCGUGAAUAUACUCAUUCAUUAAAUUUACCUCCAGGUAUAGAUGAUGAAAAACUUUCUGCUGUUUUAUCACUUAAUGGUAUAUUAACUGUAAGUUGUCCUAUGAAACCACCAUCAUUUUCAUCAACAACAAAUUUACAAUCACCUUAUUCUGAAAAUUUAUCAGAUUCAUUUUGGAAUAAUCAUCAUCAAUAUUAUCGUCAUCAUUAUCGAUCACCAAUUAUUAAACCACAACAACAAUAUUCACGAAAAAUUGACUUGAAAUCACCUAGAUUCAAUCAUUCUUCACGUUCUUCACAUUCAGAUUAUGAUAUUAUAUCACGUGAUAAACAAGACUAUCAAAGUCGUCAUCCGUCUUCUUCAAUUCAAAUAGAACAACAAGAACAACAACGAAAACAUAGAUUUCGUUUAGAACUACCAAUUGAUUCAGAAUAUUCACCAGGAGAAAUACAAAUUAAAACUUUGAAUCGUCGCAUUUAUAUUAAAGCACGUCAUGAAGAACGAGGUCCAAAUCGUACUUCUGUAAGAGAAUUUUCUAAAGAAUACGACAUUCCGGAUAAUAUUGAUCCAGAAAGUCUUACUGCUAAAUUUAGUAAUGGAAUAUUAUAUAUUGAAGAACCAAUUGUUUAA